AUGGCCUCAAAGAAAAAAAUAGCUGCAUUUAUUGUAAUCACAAUUGUUUCAGUAGUAUUUUUGAUAAUACUGUUUUGCUUUAAACAAAUGUUUGCUGAAUUCAACAGAUAUAAAAAGUGCCCGCACUUUGCAGUUUAUUUGGAAGACGGUGAAAUAAAAACAAGCCCAUACAUGGGCGAACACACUCUAAAUACUGAUAAUAGUAACAGUCGCUCGCCCACAUUAAAAACAUUUUUCAGCUUAAGAAAUCGUGUAGACAUGUUAGUACUACCAGAACUGGAAAGCAAAAAUAGUAAAGCUUCUACAGAAGAAGCAGCUGAAGUUGCUAGUUAG